AUGAUUGUUCGGCUCGCAGCCCUAUUCGCGGCCUUGAGCUCUCAAUCUGCGGCCCAGUUCCCAGUCAGAGACCCCAAUUUACUGAAUUUGACUGUAGCAAGGUCACCUGCCGAUAGCAGCAUCACAAUCUCAUACAAGGAGCCACGGGGCGCAUGCAACACGGCAUUCAGCCAGCAGAAGCAGUAUACCGGUUGGGUGCAUAUGCCGGGGGAUGAGCCGACGAACCUCUUCUUUUGGUUUGUGCAAGGCCGUCAACCGACAGACAGCUUAACGAUAUGGCUGAACGGGGGGCCCGGGUCGAGUUCCCUCUUUGGAUUUUUUGCUGGCGUCGGGCCAUGUCAAGUUAUCGAGAAGGGCAUCAACAGGUAUGACACAGUUGCCGAAGAAUGGGGCUGGGAUCGAGCUUCCAACAUGCUCUUCAUUGAUCAGCCCAACCAGGUUGGCUUCUCAUACGAUACACCCACCGAUGGGACUCUAAUUCUUCCUGAAGACUCCAUGCGGCAACCCCCUGUCCAGGGAAACGACUCCUUUCCGGCGUGGGCCUACAUGAACGGCACCUUUAGCACAAUGAGCAAAGACACCACGGCCAACACGACCGAGAAUGCAGCCGUCGCCGUAUGGCACCUGGUCCAAGGCUUCCUCACCACAUUUCCUCAGUACCAGCCACAGCCCAAUAGUUCAAUAGCCGUCAAUCUCUUCGCUGAAAGCUACGGCGGGAGAUAUGGGCCAAUAUUUGCGGAGCAAUGGGAGGCCCAAAAUCAAAAACGAACUACGGGGCAGCUGGACGCCGGUUCGACGAUGGAGGUCCGCCUUGGCUCUCUAGGCAUUGUGAAUGGCUGCAUAGAUCAGGAGAUCCAGGUCCCCUUCUAUCCCGUUUUUUCCAACAACAACACAUAUAAAUUCAAGGCUAUAUCGGACGAAACAGAAAUGUAUUACAGCCGCAGGUUCAACGCUCCGGGUGAAUGUAAAGACAAGAUUCAACAAUGCACGGUUGUGGCCAUGGCUCAGGAUCCAGGUAGGCACGGAAACCAGCCCGAGGCAAAUCGCUUGUGCGAGGCCGCCGAUGAAGCAUGCUCUGCUAUCCAGGAACCAUACCGCAACAGUGGCCGCAGUGUGUACGAUCUUGCCGCUCCUUGGUCGAAUCCUUUCCCGCCCUUACAAUUUAUCGACUACCUCAACCAGGGCCAUGUCCUGCAAACUAUUGGCUCGCCAGUCAACUACACCAUGACAAGUAAUGCAGUCUUUCGGGCAUUCAAGGACACUGGUGACCUGUCAAGAGGCGGUAACAUUAAGCGGUUGGCUGAUCUCCUGAAUCGAGGCGUCCGUAUUGGCUUCAUGUAUGGCGACAGAGACUACAUUUGCAACUGGCUCGGUGGGCAGGCCGUGUCUCUCGCCGUUGCGGACCAAAGCGGCCCCGAUUACGCCAGGGGGUUCCCCGCGGCAGGUUACGCCCCCAUCGUUGUCAACGACUCGUACGUCGGCGGCCUCGUUCGUCAGUACGGCAACUUGUCCUUUAGUCGAAUUUAUCAGGCCGGGCACUAUGUAGCAUGGUACCAGCCCGAGACAGCGUUCCAGGUGUUUGCACGUAUCAUGAUGGGUACAUCGAUAUCUACCGGGGAGACCAUCUCGCUCUCCACUUUCAGCACGACGGGGCCCAGGGCAGCUUCCCAUGAAGACAAACUGCCGGCAAUGCCGUCGACAACAUGUUACAUUCGCGCAUUCGCAGACACAUGCGACACCGACGCCAAGAACCUCGCUUCCGCAGGCAACGGCACAGUCAUUAAUGGCAUUCUGUAUAGCGAAUCAGCCGACUGGCCCUUGGCUGCUACUCAGCCUCCAUCUUCUACAUACGGCCGCCCUACCACCACCACAAGUAUGCUUUUAACAGGUGUGUUUACGGCUACGAAAAUGCCAGACAAUCGAGGCGAGGCUCGUUCACCGCGUGCCGGCAUCCUUUGGAUUACCAUUUCAAGCUUCUGGAUUUUACAAGGCGUAGAAAUUUUCUUCUAA